AUGGACAGGACCACUCUGGAUCCUGAAAGAGCUGCCAGGGCAGAAACUUUGGAGACCAAGUUGUCAACAAAACCACGUAGAAAGGAGACCAACAGACAGGAGGACCUCAGCAGGGGGGCUGAUGUUUUGGGAUCUGGCUGGGUAGUUCAGCAGCAGAGCUCAGAGGUUCCCAGUGAUCAGUCUGCACAGCAGCAUCAAACACAGCUGGACUCCAUAUUUAUGCUGCUGGAGGAGAACAUCAUCACUUUUGUGAAGAACGAGCUGAAGAGAGUCCAGAGGGGUCUGAGUCCAGAUGACCCAGAAUGCUUAGACAGUCAGAGUGAGGAUGAGGAGGUGUUGGACGGUGAGGAGGAAGAGCAGAGGAGGAAAAGCAGAGAGGCAUUUCUGAAGAUCACAGUGCACUUCCUGAGGAGAAUGAAGCAGGAGGAGCUGGCUGAGUGUCUGCAGAGCAGAAGUCGUGCUGCAAAGUGUCGACGUAAACUCAAGUCUAACCUGGAGAAGAAGUUCCAGUGUCUCUUUGAGGGGAUUGCUAAAGCAGGAAACCCAACCCUUCUGAAUCAGAUCUACACACCGCUCUACAUCACAGAGGGAGGGACUGCAGAGGUCAAUGAUGAACAUGAGGUCAGACAGAUUGAAACAGCAUCCAGGAAACCAGUCAGACCAGAAACAACAAUCAGACAUGAAGACAUCUUUAAAGCCUCACCUGGAAGAGAUGAACCAAUCAGAACAGUGAUGACAAAGGGAGUGGCUGGCAUUGGGAAAACAGUCUUAACACAGAAGUUCACUCUGGACUGGGCUGAAGACAAAGCCAACCAGGACAUACACUUCACAUUUCCAUUCACUUUCAGAGAGCUGAAUGUGGUGAAAGAGAAAAAGUACAGCUUGGUGGAACUUGUUCAUCACUUCUUUACUGAAACCAAAGAAGCAGGAAUCUGCAGGUUUGAAGAGUUCCAGGUUGUGUUCAUCUUUGACGGUCUGGAUGAGUGUCGACUUCCUCUGGACUUCCACAACACUGAGAUCCUGACUGAUGUUACAGAGUCCACCUCAGUGGAUGUGCUGCUGACAAACCUCAUCAGGGGGAAACUGCUUCCCUCUGCUCGCCUCUGGAUAACCACACGACCUGCAGCAGCCAAUCAGAUCCCUCCUGAGUGUGUCGGCAUGGUGACAGAGGUCAGAGGGUUCACUGACCCACAGAAGGAGGAGUACUUCAGGAAGAGAUUCAGAGAUGAGGAGCAGGCCAGCACCAUCAUCUCCCACAUCAAGACAUCACGAAGCCUCCACAUUAUGUGCCACAUCCCAGUCUUCUGCUGGAUCACUGCUACAGUUCUGGAGGAUGUGUUGAAAAGCAGAGGGGGAGGAGAGCUGCCCAAGACUCUGACUGAGAUGUACAUCCACUUCCUGGUGGUUCAGUCCAAACUGAAGAACAUCAAGUAUGAUGGAGGAGCUGAGACAGAUCUACACUGGAAUAAAAAGACCAGGAAGAUGAUUGAGUCUCUGGGAAAACUGGCUUUUGAGCAGCUGCAGAAAGGCAACCUGAUCUUCUAUGAAUCAGACCUGACAGAGUGUGGCAUCGAUAUCAGAGCAGCCUCAGUGUACUCAGGAGUGUUCACACAGGUCUUUAAAGAGGAGAGAGGGCUGUACCAGGACAAGGUGUUCUGCUUCGUGCAUCUGAGCCUUCAGGAGUUUCUGGCUGCUCUUCAUGUCCAUCUGACAUUCAUCAAGUCUGGAGUCAAUCUGCUGGCAGAACAACAGACAACAUCCUGGUGGUCUGAAGCAUUUGGAGGCAAAUCAACACGUUUCUACGAGAGAGCUGUGGACGAGGCCUUAAAGAGUCCAAAUGGACACCUGGACUUGUUCCUCCGCUUCCUCCUGGGUCUUUCACUGCAGACCAAUCAGACUCUCCUACGAGGCCUGCUGACUCAGACAGGAAGUAGGUCAGAGACCAAUCAGAAAACAGUCAAAUACAUCAAGAAGAAGAUCAGUGAGGAUGUGUCUGCAGAGAGAAGCAUCAAUCUGUUCCACUGUCUGAAUGAACUGAAUGAUCAUUCUCUAGUGGAGGAGAUCCAACAGUACCUGAGAUCAGGAAGUCUCUCCACAGAUAAACUGUCUCCUGCUCAGUGGUCAGCUCUGGUCUUCAUCUUACUGUCAUCAGAAAAAGAUCUGGACGUGUUUGACCUGAAGAAAUACUCUGCUUCAGAGGAGGCUCUUCUGAGGCUGCUGCCAGUGGCCAAAGCCUCCAACAAAGCUCUGUUGAGUGGCUGUAACCUCUCAGAGAGAAGCUGUGCAGCUCUGUCCUCAGUUCUCAGCUCCCAGUCCUCUAGUCUGAGAGAUCUGGACCUGAGUAACAACAACCUGCACGACUCAGGAGUGAAGAAGCUGUCUGCUGGACUGGAGAGUCCACACUGUAGACUGGAAACUUUCAGGUUGAGUGGCUGUAACCUCUCAGAGAGAAGCUGUGCAGCUCUGUCCUCAGUUCUCAGCUCCCAGUCCUCUAGUCUGAGAGAUCUGGACCUGAGUCACAACGAGCUGCAGGAUUCAGGAGUGAAGCAGCUUUCUGCUGGACUGGAGAGUCCACACUGUGGACUGGAAACACUCAGGUCUUGUAUGUCCAAAGCUUUCAGUCACAUCUCAUGGUCUUCCUCAGUGAUGGAGUGUCUCAGUUGUCAUGGAGAUGGUUUAAGUUUGAAUGGUUUCAGUAAAGUAGUUAAUAAAUCAACAGAUGAUAAACUGCAGCUGUAUUGUGUCUCGUUCUCUCCAUCAGAUGCCUGUGAACUGGAACUGGAUCCAAACACAAUGAACACAAACCUCAAACUGUCUGACAACAACAGGAAGGUGACAUAUGUGGAGGAUCAGUCAUAUCCUGAUCAUCCAGACAGAUUUGACUACUAUCCUCAGCUGCUGUGUAGAAAUGAUCUGACUGGUCGCUGUUACUGGGAGGUCAAGUGGACAGGAGAAGUUAAUAUAUCAGUGAGUUACAGAAGAAUCAGCAGGAAAGGAAACAGUGAUGACUGUUGGUUUGGAUAUAAUGAUCAGUCCUGGAGUCUGAGAUGCUCUGAUGGUGGUCGUUACUCUGUCUGGCACAAUAUGAAAGAAACAUCCAUCUCCUCCUCCUUCUCCCUGUCCUUUUCCUCUAACAGAGCAGCAGUGUAUGUGGACUGUCCUGCUGGCACUCUGUCCUUCUACAUAGUCUCCUCUGACAAACUGAUCCACAUCCACACCUUCAACACCACAUUCACUCAACCUCUGUGGGAGGACCUGUUGUACUCUUCCUAUGGGCCACGAUGUACGGGGAAGAUUCAAGUCUACAACCAUGACAAUGGCAUCCACAGUGAGAUUGGGUUUAUCCUCUUUCCAUAUUUGUCGCUGCUGAAGGGUUGGAAGGUAACAUUUCAGAAAACUGGUCUAGAAAUUAUCCGCAAGUACCUGACUGUGGCGCCAUCUUCUGGUUCUCAGGAGGUCAGGACAGACAUACAUGACCUGAGGAAGGGAUGCCUCCAGCCGCCUCAUGAGGAGAAGAUUGGGAGUGACAGGAUCAGGCUCGACUCAACAGCUGGGAUGGAGGCCGUCGGUGAAGGCGGACACCUUUGGAGCCGACGACGGAGACAGAACUUCAGGCCGGACCUCUCCGGAGGCCGUCGGCUGGCAAAGGACGCCCAGACCACCUGUCCACACAUUGGGCCGAAGAGGACUAGGGAGCUGGACCACCAGGAGCCCAGGUGCCAAGCAUGGCUGCUCGUCAGCAGGAGUAGAGCCCAAGGCCGGGGGUUGCUGCUCGUCAGCAGCGAUAGAAGUAAAGGGGUUGCAGCUGCACGCCAGCAGGAACAGGAGCAAGGGGUUGCUCCACGCCAGCAGGAACAGGAGCAAAGGGUUGCUGCACACCAGCAGGAACAGGAGGUAGGGGUUGCUGCACGGCAGCAGGAACAGGAGCUAGGGGUUGCUGCACGCCAGCAGGAACAGGAGCAAGGAGUGGUUGCACGCCAGCCGGAACAAGAGAUGACUGCACGCCAGCAACAGGAGCAAGGAGUUGCUGCAUGCCAGCAGCAACAGGAGGUUGCUGCACGCCAGUAG